GUCCAGUCCAGAUUCUCCAAAGCUAUCUCAUCUAGACUUAAAGUCAACUACAGCCCCGUGUGUGUUGACGAGAAACUGGGAUUUCCGCAGGCCGGACGGAGGUUUCUCUGACUAUUGAUGACUUACUUUCCUCUACUAAAGUUCUUGACUCACAUACCCCAUUAAUCCGGCAACCUCGCUAUAUUCAUGGCUACAUCAACCGGUGCCGGCUGGACACAGCUACGGCAACAAGCCCGAUCUCUGGAGACACAGACCGAAACCCUCUUCCACACCUACUCGCAAUACGCCGCCCUCACCAAACCACCCCCCACCCCGUCCGAAGAAGAACUCCGCACCGAAUCCCAACUGAAGGAGAUCCUCGAUCGACGCGAAACAACAAUAACCCACCUCUCGCGCCUCCUCGACAGCGAAGCCACCCUGACCGCCUCCGCCCUGAAGCAAAACAACCUCGCCCGCCACCGCGAGAUCCUCGCCGACCACCGCCGCGAAUUCGCCCGCAUCGCCGCCGCCAUCGCCGAGGCCCGCGACCGCGCCAAUCUGCUGAGCCAUGUCCGCCACGACAUCGACGCCUUCCGCUCCCAGAACCAGUCCGAGGCCGACUACAUGCUCGAGGAGCGGGGGCGCAUCGACCAGAGCCACAACGUGAUCGACGGCGUGCUGAGCCAGGCUUACGCCAUCAACGAGAACUUCGGCCUGCAGCGCGAGACCCUGGCCAGCAUCAAUCGGCGGAUUGUCGGCGCGGCGGGCGCCGUGCCCGGCGUGAAUGCGUUGAUUGGGAAGAUUGGGAAUAAGCGGCGGCGGGAUGCGGUGGUGCUGGGGGCGUUUGUCGGGGUGUGUUUCUUGGUGGUUUUUUUCUUGAGGUGAGAUUACUCGCUGGGUUGGGUUGGGAGGGGAUGUG